AUGCAUUAAACUAUAGCUUGAUUUUAUUCAAAAAAAAAAAAAAAAAGAAGUGGGAAACCUAGAAGAAAAUCAUGACUUUGAUUGAUGGAGGCAAAGAGGUAAUUUCAUUUUGCGUUCUUUUUCUUUUUUUAAUUUUUAUUUUUUGAAUAGAGAUAAGGAGUUUUAUAUCAUGUAAUUACUAUUUGUUUGGUUUGAGAAAAAGAAGAAAUUUUUAUAACUAAUUAUAUUAUUUUGUUGGUUCUCCAACUAAACAAGCUAUUAAUGUCUUAGGAAGUGAAUAUCAAAGGCUGAUAAUUUGAAAUGUUGCCAUAACGUAAGAGUGCAAAAUGAAAAAUACACAAAAUUUGCACAAAAAUGGCUUCAUUUCAAGCUUGUCUUUGUAUAAAAUUUCAGAUUAAGUUGGACAAUUUGAUAAGGCAACUUUUGCAUCCGCAGACUUUUCCUUCUCUAAAAUUGUUGAGGUCAGAAACGAUUAGGAAUUAAGCAUUUAGGGUGGCUAUUUACCACAAGAACAAUCUAUUCUUGUUGUCAUUGUUGAGGGAAUUGAAAUUAGUCCAAAACAAAAAUUAGAAUCCCACGUGUUUCCUUUCUUAAAACCAAACAGUGUAUUUAAAUUUGGACUCAUAAAUUCAAAUACACUUUGUUCAAGCCCCAAACUUACCAACCCAAAAUAGUCAAAGUUUAAAUGUUAAUAUACUACACCAAUUCAAUUUUAGCUAGUUUAUAUGAAAUCUCAAGCAUUAAUUUUAUUGGAAACCCAACACGGUAAGCGCACCGCAACAAACCCUAAUCUUCCUCCUCCCCCUUUAAAAGCCAUAACCUCCUCUCCUCCCCCGCCGCAUCGGUGCGCUGUUUCUUUGUUUUCACCAAUUUCUUCUUCAUCUUUUUUUGAAAAAUGGUUUUCCGAUGAUGAUGAUGAAUGUUUAAUCCCAGCUCACUAUGAGACCUUCUCUAAGGUCUGGGAAGAGAUUCCAUCCAACAUUUGUCUGAGCCUCAAUUCAUUAUCAGUUUUUUACUCGGUAAUCACCUGUUUUCCUUUCCGAUCUGUUAAAAAUUUUCGAUCUAUGCUUUGUUGUUCCCUCUGAUUUUCCUGAUUUUAUAAUAGAUGCAAGAUAGAAUCAUAGAUCUGAUUUUCUCUCCAUAAUUUCUGAUUUUAAUUUCAAACGUUCCCGGUGAUGCUUGAAAUUUGGAACCAUGCUAAUACUGACAAUUCAAUGAUUGAAAUAUAAUCCUAUUUUCUGAGGGAACAAUUCUUCCAAAAGUUUUUAAAGAAUAAAUUAAAUUUUUUUUUUAAAGAUUUUAUUUACAAAUCCUUGAUAUGGAACAAUCUUUUUCUAAAAUUUAUUUAUUUUUUCAAAGUUUGAACUCAGUUACACAAAAUCUCUAGAUCAGGCUUUCUCGAUCUCUAGAUGUCAGUAAAAUCUUGCAUUUCAUACGUUCUACAGAGAUGUAUAGAGCGCGAGAUUUGCUGACAUUUAGAGAUGGAUAGGCAUGAGAUCUGUAUCGGAUAGUGAUGGUGACAAGGGUUUUCGUAGAGGAUUUGAGAAUUGUGCUGGAUUGCCCUCUGCCAUGUGAACAAUCCUUCGAAGAUUGAGAAAACUAUGUGGUGAAUCUUUGUAAUUUGAUUUCAUGGCUAGGGGCAAUCCAGCACAUGUCUCAACAAUCUCUUAUCUCACAGUUGAGCUUCUCAAUAUGCUGGUCUCAUCUCACGGUUGAGCUUCUCAGUAUGCUGGAUCUUAUAUGGUCUUUUAUUUAUUUGUAAUAAGUGAUUUGUUUUGGUUGUUUUAUUAUAUGAUUGUUAGAAUAUUUUUUGUAUUAUUAUUUUUUUAAAAUUGUAAUGUGUUACUACUAAUUUAGUAUUUUUUGUAACUUUCUUCUGCAUAAUUUUCUUGAACGAGGACCCAGAAACAAAGCUGUUAUUAAUGU